CAUAUUGCGCGUUGAGCGCUAAGCGCUAAUGCGAAUUAAUAGUUUUGAUUUCGCUGUCUACUCUACUGGUGGUUUUAUCACUUCUAUCUACAUUUUUGUAAAUUGUUAUUUAAAGUUAAAUUUUCGUUGCGCUUUGUUUUUGGUGAACAGUGAUUUUAAAUAUAAUUAUUUAGUGGUAGGACCUCCCUCCAAGCGUUUCUGACACAUUUUACAGACGCCAUGUUUGUCACGUUUUUGCCAGUUGUGAAUAUAUUUAGCCAAAAAUUGUAUUUGCAGUAGCGUUACUUCGUAUAAUUGUUGAAUAGUGCCCUGUAUCAGUUCCACGAUGAGUCAAAAAACACCCAGAAAUAAGGAAAAGCGAUCGCGAUCAGCUUCUAAUGAGACUAACAAUUCAUUUGUCAAGAAUGUGACAUCCAGAGUAUCAGGCUUACUGCCCAGUACCAUCACAAAGUGGUUCAGUAGCCCCCGUUCUUCAAAUGCAAAUGGUUCGACACCAGUUGCUGACGCUUCUGAUUCUUCAGAUGAUGAAGUAGUGGACAUCCCGGAAGUAACUCAACAACCACCUGCCAAACGCAUGCGGUUUAACCCUCCUGGAACUUACAAUCAUUACAGCCCUGCUGAUGCAAGCUGUUCCAGAAAUGAUAUGGAAAUAAUAGAACUUCCAUACAGUCCCUUCACGGGCACUCAGUGUACUCAACCUACCCGUAACACAUACAGUACAGCACUGCGGCCACCAAAUGAAGACCAUCAGGAUACAAUGGAAAGAGACAUGUCACGAGUAUACAAGGUCUCUCACUCAAUAUCUAGUACUGGCCAAUCAAUUGCCCCUAAAAGAAAAUCUAUUUUCGAAACAACUACUCAGGAGGAAGUAAUGAAAAUAACUGCAAAAGCAUCAAAUACAUUUCGUGACCCAAAGCAGCCCAGCUUUAAACCUAGUCUGCUUGGUUCUCCAUUUUACCCUGGGAGAACAAUGUAUGGAGGAGCAGCAUCUUCGUACAUAAACCAGCCGAACAUAAAACAAGAGACUGUGGCAGUAGUAAAUGAGUCUCCAAUCAAUGAUGACACCGCCAUCAGCAGCUCUGCGCGACGUAUUAUGGACUUAUUAGAAGGUUAUUCCUCUCCACUUAUGGAAGCCCGCAGGAUCCCUCUGUACACCAAACCCAAAAAUGAUGGAUUUAACAUCAGCAACACUUCCUCUUCAUCUACAAAUAAUCAUUUAGCAUAUCGGACUCGAGAGCUCCAUGUACCAAGCAUUGCAUCUAUACUGUGCCUGAAGAAAAAGUCUCGUCUCAUGGACACGACGAAUAUUGCUCGACAAUUAAUGGCUUCUCAAAGCAGUACUUCUAAUGAAUUUCCAGCUUAUCCUAGGCAGGAAACGAAAGGGAGUGAGGUCGAGAAGGAACCGCCUCAUAAAUUUUCUACCAAAAUGAAAUCAAGAAUAACUAGAACUAACCGAGGGCAGCAAGACGAGAUCGACAUGUCCACUCCCGUGAAACUGCCCACAGCCACAUUACAAUUAGACAAAGAUAAACUGCCCCAAUUUACAUUCGACGCACCGUCGCUCACUACAUCUACACCUAAAAUUGUUUUCCCUACAGCUGAUAAAAAAGCUACCCACAUUCCCACAAGUAAGCACGAAACUGUAAUUAGUAGUGUCUACACAUUUUCCAAUCCUGUUAAAGUAUCAAGUAACGACAUACAAGUGGAAUCUUCAUCUUUAAAAUUCAAAUUCGACUCUCCUGAGCGACGUAUAGAUCAGAAAUUUGAAAACAAACAUGACGAAUCUUCUGUUGUUGUAGGUGUGAUAAAAGCAAACGAAUCUGUCUUAACCAAACCGAAAGACUGGCAGUGUUCAGACUGCUGGGUUAAAAACAAGCCGGACGCCAUCAAAUGUGUUUGUUGUGGAGCUAAACAGCCAAAAAAGAAUACUAAGUGCUUGGUUUGUAAACUUGCCGAUAGUCAGUCACAAAAAGACAAAUGCGCUAAUUGUGAGAAGAUGUCUACCUCACAAGUCGGAAAGUCACCCGGUAACCCACAACUAAUUGGGACCAGUUCGUCGACGACAUCGAAAUCUCUGUUCAAUAAAGUCAGCGAUACCAACUCCCCUCAUGGAACGAAGUUUACUCUACCUACCUUCACUGCAGUUACUGAGACACCAAUCAAUAUCUUUUCAAAGCCUGAAACAGUGACAAGUCCAUUGAAAGCAGUACAAAACACUGCUAAAGCGGAUGCUGAUUGGAAAUGUGACGAUUGUUGGAUUACAAACAAAAGCAGCGUCGACAAAUGCGCAGCUUGCGGCGGUGCCCGACCCGGAGCCAAACAGGCGGCUAAUAUUACAGACGCUAUGAGUAAUAAAACUACAACAUUUGGAACUAGUGACAAAUUUAAAGCCAUUGCUAAGGCCCAACAUUCAGACAAAUGGGAAUGUUCCAGCUGUUUGGUCCAUAACGAAAGUGACAAAAAGGAAUGUGUAUGCUGUGGUGCGGUAAAAGAAGGUAUAAAGAAAAUGCCUGAAUCAACGUUUAAUUUUGGAACAACUACGAAUAAUACGUUUAAAUUCGGCAUUGAUCCCAAAGUGCAAAGCUCUACCAUUGCUGACAAACCUGAAGUUCCAUCAAUAUUAGACACGAAAUUAAAACCACAGUCAGAAACAAAUAAUAAUGUUGUGGCUGAAACUCCAACAUUUACAUUUACACUGCCCACUAAAAAAUUAGAAAAUAAAAUUGACACUCCAAAGGAAAAGACAGGUGAGGCUCCAAAAAUGAAUUUCACAUUUGGUAUUCCGAAAACGAUACCAACAAGUUCAGCGGUUACAGCGAAAUUGCCAGAGACAAACAAAACUUCCGAGGAAGAGAAACUUCAAGAAGUUCCAUCAGUUGACUUGAAUGCACCCAUCCAGAGUAAACCACAGAUGCCUGUACUGACUCAGGUAAAUAACGAAAAUAAGUCGUUACUACCUACUACGAGUUUAUUUAAUCCAUUGGCUAACGACACAAAGAAGGAAACAUCACUUAAUACUGCUGUCGCAUUGCCAGAAGCGGCUGAUACUCAGAAACCAAAACCAGCAUUUUCAUUCGGUUUGUCAUCCAAUACAAAACUAUUUGAACCUCCAGCAACUACGGGUACAACAAUGAUUUUGUUCAUGCAGCCGUCGCAAAGUACGACUCUACCAACAACUAGUGCACCCACGUUGUCAAUGUUUAAACCGGCUGAACCUAGCGCCACUGCGACAUCGUCAUCAUUAUUUCAACAGCCUGAUUUAAACAAACCUGCUGCAUCUCUAUUCCAAAACAAAGAGGCUACUAAUAUUGCUACACCAGCACUAACGCAGGCAUUAGCACCGACACCGGCACUGGCUCCGGCUCCGACUCCGUCACCGGCUCCGUCACCGGCACCGGCACCAACACCAACAGCGGCACCGGCACAGCCACCGACAUCGGUACUGACAGCAGGACUGGCACCAGCGCCAGCGCUGACGCCAGCAGCAGCGCCGACACCAGCAGCAGCGCCAGCAGCAGCGCCAGUAGCGCCAGCAGUAGCAGCACCAAUUUUCAGUUUUGGCAGUAAUGCAGCUAGUAAUUCUUCGGCUUCAGCGUCACUCACGCUACCUACUGCCACAGAAAAACCUAAAUUUCAAUUUACAUUUGGUAAUAACGCAACGCCUGCAAGUAACCCACCUCCAGCGUUUAAGUCUCCGUUCGGUGCGGCUGAAAGUACCGUUAAUACGAAUACUUUUAAUUUGUCUGCUGGAUCUUCGUUGGGUUCUACCAAUAACCUUGCUACUAAUAGCUUUGGAGGCAGCAACGGUUUGAAUGCCCCUAAUGGUCUUACGGGAAAUCCUAUGAUGGGAAAUACACUUUCUGCUAUGCCUGGAAAUUCUCUUCAAACGAAUAGUUUAGCAAUGGGCACCGCCAAUACAUUAGGUGGUAACAGCAAUGGCUUAUCUACAAGUCAACAACCAGCUAGUAUGCAGGCGGGAAACUCUUUAACCGGAGGUGCAACGGUCUUAUUCAAUAACACCGCGCCGAAAGAAAACAUGUGGGCGGCGGGUAACAAUACCUCGACCCCGAACCUGUUCGUGUCCAACACAACGACCAGUAGCUUACAGAAGCCAGCGGCAUUCACGUUCGGAUCAUCAACACCGUUCAAUGCCAGUAAUAACGCAUCGCCGGCUUUCGGUGCUGCCGCGGCACCUCCGCAAAAUAUUUUCGGUAUGAAUAACCAGAGUAACAACGCGCAGCCAAAUCUCUUCUCGAAUUCUGUUCAAAGCCCGCCAUCAGGAAAUUUGUUCGGCUCGCCGCAGCCCGCCAGUAAUCCUACACCACAGAUUCCCAUGUUCGGUUCACCAAGCAUGGGUGCAACUCCAACCUUUGGCUCGCCCAAUCCGUCUAUUCCUUCAUUCGAGGCCCCGUCGCUGAAUCCAGCACCAGCACCUGCGUUCACCUUUGGUUCUUCACAAGCGCCUGCGACAGGAAUUUUCGGAUUCGGACAACAGCAGUCGCAUAUGCAGCAGCCGUCGAUGCAACAGCAGCACAUGCCGCAGCAGUCGGGCGUGUACAGUUUCGGUGGGGCUCCCGCCGGCGCGCCACAAGUUCAGUUCAACAUUGGUGCCAAUGGCACCAACACCGCCGUCAGACGCGUUCGUAAAGCUGUUCGUCGGAAUCCACAACGAUGAAAUUUACUUCGGCUCUAGCACGAAAUGGACUGGGUCCAGUGUCCAUGGCCGACGCCGAUUGCUUACCAUCAGGUGAUCCGUCUGCUCGUUCACCGGGUUAUCUAAAGAACAGUGUGUGUUUGUACACAUGAAAGUGAAUUCUCAACAACAUACAUUUGUUUUGUUUUGUAAGUCUUAGCAUGCAAGUUUUAAAUUAUUAUUGUACAUUUUACCGCAUAGAAAUUGUUUGAAAAAUAUGGUAGUAGUAGGUAUCAGUUUUACAGAGAAACAACAAAUCUGCUUUAGAAUGUAACUGGAAUAGAAUUGUAUAGAAAUAAUAUAGACUUCAAUAAAUAUUUCAAAUGAUAUCUGGUAUUUGUUAAACAACAGUUGUAAGGUCGAUAGAAUAACAUGAUACCAAGCACACUAACUGAUUUACGUUAUAAUUAGCUUUAUAUAAUUGUAUAAGUAUUUGCCUUUUUGAGAGUAACAGAUGACCGUGUGUUGUUGUAAAUAUUGCACUUAGAGAAAAGACAGUAAUCAUUGAUCAAUAUAAUAGCUACCUGACGACAGGUUUGUUAGGAUAGUUCAUUCACAAAACUAGCAUUCAAUGCGCACUUUUUAAAAAUAUCAAAUUACUAGCUAUAAGUACCAAUUACACAGGCUGUCACAUUUCUCAAACAAGUAGUCAUGUUACUAAACUAUGAGGUUGUAGCAAUAGAGUUCCUAAUAACAUUUGUCAUCUUACCAGUGAAUGAAUCGAAUCAUUACUUGCACUUUAUAUUGGCUAAGCAACCUAUAGACUCUCCAAAUAAGCAAUAUUGUCUCUCAUUGUACCAAUAAUGAUACUUUCAUACAGUACUUGAUUAUUGAAUAAACAAUAAACUUUUACUGGUAUUAUAGAUUUUAGGUUAGUGACUAAGCUCUGAAAAAUAUAUUAAUUAUUGUCAGAUAUUAUUGUCAUAUACUUAGGGAAACGUAGGAACCAUAUUAACCUGGUAAGCUACUAUUGUAAUAAAAUUAUGAUUUAAUACAUUCAUUUCCGUAAAACAUAAAUAUUUAGAUGAGUAAAUAAUAGAAUCGCUUUACUAAGUAAAAUGUUUGGUAUAAGUGAACUUCUACUACAAUCUGUUGUAUAAAUCACAUUUCCACAUUAUGGCAAUAGCAAUGAUGUUUCCUUUAAUACUUUUGACUUGAUUCCUUGAAGGAGUAAUAUGAAAGCUGGUCUUUCUCAUAAAAAAAAUAUAUUAAAAUUUUUGAUUAUACAGGGUGUUUCGAAGUUCGAUUCAAAGCCUGAUGGCUAUGAUAUCUAGUCUUAAGGUCUUCAGGCUUCGCAACGACAUUUCACACAGCAUAUACAUAAUAUUUAUUAACUAUAGUACUUAUACCACUAUGAAUACAAUCAGCAAAAAGAAAUAAUGUAUUUUUUACAAAUAAUGUAUUUUUUGAGUUUCGGGUGAAAUCUUACAAAUUUUGAUGACGAUGUCUCAACCGAUUGAGCUGAUAGACAUAUUGUGUGGUUGACAUUACUUGCUUACUUAUGUGACGUCAUUAUAAAAUCAAUAGACUAAUUUUUUUUUGUUAAAUUCUAUUACAUAAUGGUAUUGACACUAACUGUGAGUGAUAUACAAAAAUGUGUAUUGGAGAUUAUGAUGAUGUAAUUUCACCUAGGUUAGGUAUCAGUAGCCGGUUACACGCAAACACUAGCACAUCGAGUCAGUACCAAUAGUGUCAUAGCUGUAAGCGUACGACUGCGCGGUCCAGGUUGCUCAUAGGUAGGCGUACUCCAUCGUCGGCCACAUCUAACAGGCGAGUUCGUGGGCAAACGCCAUCCUAUUAACUGACUUAUAAAACUUCUUACGCAACCAUACACGUUUAGUAUCGCAUUUGAUUAUGUACAAACUUUUUCUUAGGGGGCGUCCAUAAAUUACGUGAGUUGUUUUUUUUAAUUUUUUGACUUUCCCUCCUCCCUGGUGAGAUUUCGUGAAAUUUAUUCAACAUCCUCCCCCAUCCCCCAAUCUCACGUGAAUAGUAGUAAAUAGAAGAAAAAUCCAUGUGCAUGUACAAUUAAAUCUUAAGUAUGUACAAUCUGGAUUAAAUGAAAUAAAAUAGUAUUUUUUUUUGUUUCAAUCAGUAAAAAAAUUACGCGAUAUUUGUCGAGACCCCCCUCUCUCGAACGUAAGAUUAGAUGAAAUGACUAACAUCUCACGUAAUUUAUGGACGCCCCCUAAUAGGUGAAAAUUUAUUAAAAUAUUUUGUUAUUGGGAAUAUAUUUUUAAGUGCCAACUUCAUUGUAUUUUGUAAGCUCGUAUAAUAUAAAGCCUCUACUUUAAGUUCGUUAAGUUUGCUGGUCUUUAUGAAAUGUAAGCCAAAAUUUCGAUGUGUUUGUUCUCAUUUAUUUUUUAAUACAAUACGUAUAAAUUAAGAUAAGUUAACGUUUAAUUUAAUAUUGUUUUAACUGUUCAAACCGCGAUACUUGUCCGUAGUUUGAAUUACGAACAGUGAUUGGAUCAAAUUAUCACAAACUAUUGUAUUAUACAUUUGAUAAAAUAUGCAAACUGUUCUGCACCAUUCCACAUUAAAUAUUUUGGUGAAUUCGUGGCAGUUGCAGCAAAUAAUCCUAAGGUAUAAAUGUCUAAAAGGAUCCCCUUAAUUUAGUUUAUUUUAUAAUAUGAAGUUUUAAGGUAUUUUUAGCAAGAGUUUAAGUCGAUAAACUGGUUUUAAAAAGUGAAAUAAUGUAGUAACGUUCGAUUCUUUGCUUCGGAUUUUGUUGGUUGACUGUAAAUAUAGUUAAAUAUAAUUAUGUCAACAUGUUGUGUAGUCGCAUUUGGAAGUCUUGUAUUCUUAUUUUUGUAGCACUAAAAUAAAAAAAAAAUCGACGUGUCCAAAUGCCAACUACACACAGUCAUUUAGUGUAAAGUAUAACUAAAGUGUACUGUAAACAACACUAUCAGUGGAAAAUUAAAUAAAUGUUAAUGGAAGAUUGGGGAGCAAAACUAACUGUAUACUAGACGGUGUUCUGAAUAAGAGUAAAAAUGUUGAUAAUUGAUUGAAAAAAAAUUGUUGAUAAUAUAUUAAAUGCCUUUAGAUUUGUUCCUCAAUGAAAAUGGCCAUUAAAAAAAUAAAGUACAAUUUUUAUUUCUGC